GAUCCACAGCCUCUCUGGGCAGCUGUUCCAGCACCUCCCCACUCUCACAGCAAACAACUUCCCCCUGACAGCCAACUGAAAGCUGCCCUCCCUCCGCUUCCAGCCGUUCCCCUCGUCCUGCUGUUUCUCCCCUUCCCAAGAGCUGAUCCCCUCCUGUCUGCGGGCUCCUUUUAGGUCCUGGAAGGUUGCAGUGAGGUCACCCCGCAGCCUUCUUUGCUCCAUUCCAGUGCAGUGCUGCAUGUUGACCCCAUGCUGUGCACCAACCCCACCGUUGCGCCUCAACCCCACUGCUGCACCCUGACCCUUCUGCUGCACCCCAACCCCUCUGCUGCACCCCAACCCCUCUGCUGCACCCCAAUCUCAUGCUGCACCCCGACCCUGUGCUGCACCUGAACCCCGUUGCUACAACCCCACACUGCAUCCUGAUUCCACUGCUGUAACCCCAGCCCCAUGCUGCUCACCCUACACAGCCAUCCCCACCUGCAGAGCCCUCCCCCGUGGGCACAGCGCUCAUGUGGGCAGUGCAGCUCCAGGGACCCCAACUGGGGCCGUAGGGAGGAAGGGGACGGAGCCUUCAUUGGGGUCUGCGUGACAGGGAGAGGGGAAAUGGCCCCAAACCGAAAUGGGAGAUUUGGAUGGGAUGUGAGGAUGUAAGGAGAGCUCUUUGGGAUGGGCUGCUGUAGGGUCGGCCUGGACGGAUGGAGCUGUGGGUGUCCCCGUCCACUGCAGGGAGUGGGGCAGGGGGGGUCCCCUAUGAUUUAAAUCACUUCUGCGGUUCUUUGCCUCCAUCUCUGUGCGGUUCUGUGUGCUGUGCUGUGUGCCCCCCCCCGUGGGGCUGCUCCACGGGCAAUGGGGCUCCUGCUCGACAAACCUCCCCCAUUUCCAUCCCUGCCCCCCCAUACAGACGUGGAGCAGAUGGCCAUCGAUUGGCUGACAGGCAACUUCUACUUCGUGGAUGACAUCGACGACCGGAUCUUCGUCUGCAACAAAAACGGCCUCACCUGCGUCACCCUGCUGGACCUGGAGCUCUACAACCCCAAAGGGAUCGCGUUGGACCCAGCCAUGGGCAAAGUGUUCUUCACGGAUUACGGGCAGAUCCCCAAAGUGGAGCGCUGCGAUAUGGACGGGCAGAACCGCACCAAGUUGGUGGACAGUAAGAUUGUGUUCCCACACGGCAUCACCCUGGACCUGGUGAGCCGCCUGGUGUACUGGGCUGACGCCUACCUGGACUACAUCGAGGUGGUGGAUUACGAGGGCAAGAACCGCCACACCAUCAUCCAGGGCAUCCUGGUGAGCGGGACCCCCAUCUCCUGCUCCGUGGUGCACAGCAGGACCCCCACCUCCUGCCCCACAGCACACUGGGACCCCCACCUCCUGCUCCGUGGUGCACAGCAGGACCCCCACCUCCUGCCCCACAGCACACUGGGACCCCCAUCUCCUGCUCCGUGGUGCACAGCAGGACCCCCACCUCCUGCCCCACAGCACACUGGGACCCCCACCUCCUGCCCCAUGGACACACUGGGACCCCCACCUCCUGCCGCAUGGUCACACUGGGACCCCCACCUCCUGCCCCAUGGACACACUGGGACCCCCAUCUCCUGCUCCAUGGGCACACUGGGACCCCCACCUCCU